AUGCCGGGGCUUACAUAUCAAAGGGCCAUGACAAGUGUCUUCCAUGACAUGUUACACAAGGAAAUUGAAUACUAUGUGAACGAUAUAGUGGUCAAAGAAAAGAGGUGGGAAGACCAUCCCAAUGUGCUGAGAAAAGUGUUUAGUUGGUGCAAAACUUUCAAUUUUAGGCUUAAUCCGUUGAAGUGCGCAUUCAAAGUGCAAUCUGGAAAAUUUUUGGGAUACAGAGUGGACCAAACGGGGAUACACCCACAUGAGAGUAAGGUGAAAGCAGUCUUAGAUCUCCCACCUCUAGUCAAUAAGUCCCAAUUGAAAACCAUCCUAGGAAAGGUCUCGUACCUAAGAAGGUUCAUCCCCGGUCUUGCACAUGUGGCGAUGCCAUUAAUGAAGCUAGUUAAGAAGUCUGUAAAAUUCAAGUGGACAAAGGAGCACCAACAAACUUUUGAACAGUUGAAGGUUACCCUUGCUAAGGUCCCAACCAUGUCAACACCCAAGGAAGGUUUUAAAUUUAGGAUAUAUAUCACAUUGGGUUCAGAGGCAAUAGGAUGUCUAUUAGCACAAGAAGAUGACGAAGGAAUGGAGUGUUCAAUAUACUACGCUGGUAGGACCUAUAAGUCAGUCGAGAAGAAUUACUCUCUAAUGGAGCAGCAAUGCCUCGCGCUAGUGUUCGCCACACAAAAAUUCAAGCAUUACAUCCUAGGUCAAAAGCUGAGUGAGUACAUGAUARAGUAUACCCAGCCCAGGGCCAUUAAGUGUCAGGCGGUGACAGACCUCCUGGCCACCUUUCCCUUCAAUGGUGACUUUCCCAUAUCAAAAGAAAUCCCUGGGGACAUACCGAUGAUCACAGUAGCUGAAGGAAGAGAGUGGAUCCUGACUUUCGAUGGAAGUAGUACUAGUACUUCAGCUGGUGCCGGAGUCACCUUAACCUCACCUAACGGUCAAACCUUUGCUUACUCCUUCAAACUCCAGUUUCCCUGUUCCCACAAUAUAACUGAGUACGAAGCUUUAGUUCUAGGAUUGAUUAAGAUAAUAGAGUCUAGGGCAAAGAAGAUUAAAGUGAUCGGUGAUUCCAAAUUGGUAAUAGGCCAGCUUGACGGAAGCACAACAACAAAAGAGUUGACAAUCCUUCCAUAUAGGACCUUGAUCCAGAGGCUAACCCAUGACCUGGAUGUAGACUUCAAACACCAGAAUAGAGCCAAAAACAAGUUCACCGAUGCACUGGUUACCCUAGGAUCGAAAAUUCAGUCUAGAAAAGACCCAAUCGAAAUUACCAUCCAAACACUUGCCAAGCCAUCGACUAUCACAUUAGAAGACUGGGUAGAAAAGGAGGAUGAAAUCAUGUCAAACGACUGGAGGUACGAAAUAAUUCAAAAACUAAGCAGCCCAACAUUGGAGACACAUGAUAGCAAAUUGCUGUUGAGGUUUCAACUAGUGAAUGGAGUGUUAUAG